AUGUCGUCUGAAAAAAUCUAUCUCACUCGUCGCGAACAAUUUUCAACAGCGAAUCGUUUACAUUCAUACAAAUUAUCGGAUUUAGAAAAUGAACAUAUAUAUGGACCAUGCAAUAAUAAAUAUGGUUAUGGGCAUAACUAUCAACUUGAUGUUACAAUAUGUGGACAUAUUGAUAAAACAACAGGAUUACUUAUGCAUUUAACUGAUCUUAAGUCACUAAUACAUGAAAAUAUCAUAAAGCAAUUAGAUCACAAACACUUAGAUUAUGAUAUUCAUUAUUUCAAAGAUAAUGGUCAAGUAUCAACCAUCGAAAAUUUAUGUAUUUAUGUAUGGAAAAUAUUAUACGAUGCUAUACAAAAAUAUAAGAUUGAUAACAAUAAUCAUAGUCUUCAAUUAUAUGAAGUUAAAAUAUCUGAAACAGAUAAAAAUUCCGUUUUUCACCUGGAUGCACAGUCUAAAAGACAAACAUCAAUUUGUUCACCGCCAUUUUAUUCAUCUUCAACUGUUUAUAAAAUGAGAGUUCGUCUUUAUUUAGAUGGUGAUGGAAAUGCUCGUCGUACGCAUAUGUCACUCUUUUUUGCACUCAUGUGGGAUGUGAAUGAUACAAUUCUGAAAUUUCCGUUUAACCAUAAAGUUGCAUUUCGUUUGUACGAUCAGACACCUGUACCAUGA